GCGGACUCUCAACCACUGCGCCACCAGGGAAGCCCUAUACCUCUCAUCCCUGCACGAAUGGGCAUUUGAAAGUGCCAUUGUCAAAGGUUUGCAAGCAUGGAGAACUCAUCAAUGCUUUCCUCCUUGAAUGACGAAUGUAAAUUAGACAAUUACAUUGAACCUCACUACAAGGAAUGGUAUCGAGUAGCUGUGGACACACUGAUUGAACAGGGGUUAGAUGCAUACCAAGAAUUUCUUGCCAAGGAACGAGUGUCAGACUUUCUAGCCGAGGAAGAAAUUAAUUAUAUUUUGAAAAAUGUUCAAAAAGUGGCACAAAGCACAGCAUAUGGUACUGAUAAUACCUGCGAUGAUACCUCAUCUUCAGGGACUUACUGGCCCGUUGAGUCUGAUGUGGAAGCUCCAAAUCUUGAAUUGGGCUGGCCAUAUGUGAUGCCUGGACUCGUAAGGGGUACCCAAAUUGACCUCCUCUUUCAUCCACCAAGAGCACAACUAUUUACAAUUAAGGAAACCAUUCGGAAGAUGAUAAAAGAAGCAAGAAAGGUCAUUGCUUUAGUGAUGGAUAUAUUUACAGACGUGGACAUUUUCAAAGAAAUAGUGGAGGCAUCAACUCGAGGGAUAUCUGUGUACAUUCUGCUUGAUGAGUCAAACUUCAAUCAUUUCCUAAGUAUGACUGAGAAACAGGGCUGUCAAGUUCAACGUCUCAGAAAUAUUCGAGUGCGGACAGUAAAAGGCCAAGAUUAUCUUUCCAAAACAGGAGCAAAAUUUCAUGGAAAAAUGGAACAAAAAUUUUUGUUAAUUGACUGCCAGAAAGUUAUGUAUGGUUCCUACAGCUACAUGUGGUCAUUUGAAAAAGCACACCUCAGCAUGGUUCAGAUAAUCACAGGACAACUUGUUGAGUCCUUUGAUGAAGAAUUUAGGACUCUCUAUGCCAGGUCCUCUGUCCCCAGCUCAUUUGCAUGGGAAGAGUCAGCAAGGGUGAAGCACAGCAAAGCACUCUGGGAGAAUGGCAUUUACCAGCAUUCAGUGUCUUCCUUAGCUUCCAUUUCCAGCCAAAGAAACCUUUUUGGUACACAAGACAAAAUUCAUAAACUAGAUUCUAGCUACUUCAAAAACAGAGGGAUAUAUACUCUCAAUGAACGUGACAGAUAUAACAUAAGAAAUCAUGCAUACAGACCUCAUUUUGUUUCCAACUUUAAUGAUCCAAUCCGUCAGCAUCAACACAGUCAGAUAAAUGAAAAUUGGAAGAGGCAUAGUUAUGCUGGGGAACAGCCAGAAACAGCACCAUACCUGCUGCUUCACAGGGCUCUGAAUCGAACCGUUAAUGCUCCCUAUAAUUGGAAAAGGCCUUCAGAUAGUCUCAGUGUGGCAUCCUCAUCACAGGGAGGCUAUGCAGGCCACCAGAACACACCUGCCCAGAGUUUUGCUGACCGACUUGCCCAGAGGAAGACAACAAACCUUCCAGAAAGGAAUUCCAACGUGCGGAAGUCUUUUAACGGGACAGAUAAUCAUGUUCGCUUUUUGCAACAACACAUGCCAAACCUUGAACAUACCACCAAGUCAUUCUUGCGUAACUGGAGAAUUGAAUCCUACUUAAAUGAUCAUUCAGAAGCUUCUUGUGAUUCCAGUGGAUCGGUUCUAGGUGACCGGUUUGAGGGCUACGACGGUCCUGAGAAUUUGAAAGCCAAUACCGUUUAUACUCACUCUCGGCUUCGUUCUUCUUUUGUGUUUAAACCCACUUUACCUGAGCAACAGGAAGUUAACAGUUGUACAACUGAUUCCUCAAAUUCAACAGUCAUUGGUUCCCAGGGAAAUGACACUCCUAAAAAGAUCCCAGACACCCCAACAGGCGCACAGCAUCCGACAGACAAACCCUCACAGGAAUCAACCCCCAAGCUCCCGUUGCAGUCAGAGGCACCAAAAACGCACACCCUACAGGUUCCCGAAAGGAACCUGGCAGUUUUAAUCCCAACUACAAAUGGCCCUACGGACUCAAACAAACAUUUAUGUACAACCUUGUCUGUAAAUAAGCAGACAGAAAACCUAAAGAAUCAAGAAAAUGAGAAUCUGCUUAAAAGGCGAAGUUUCCCAUUCACUGACCACUCAAAAGCCAAUUUAAAUCAUGGAAAUAGUAAGCAUUAUGUGUAUAGUACACUUACCAGGAAUCGAAUUAGACAACCAGAAAAAACUAAAGAGGAUUUGUUAAAAAGUUCUAGAAGUGUUCAUAAUGUGACCCAUGCCAUGGAAGAGGAUGAGGAAGAGGUUACCAAGAGAGACCCUCCAAGUGGCACUGCUAUCAGAUCAAUUUCCAUUGCUGCUUUGCUUGAUGAGAAUAAAGAAGAACCCAACAAAGAACUCACUUCCAAGAAAGAAGUGAAGGGUUCCCCAAGUUUUUUGAAAAAGGGCUCUCUGAAGUUAAGGUCAUUACUUAGCCUUACCCCAGAAAAGAAAGAAAAUCUAUCCAAAAAUAAAGCACCUGCCUUUUAUAGAAUGUGUAGUAGUUCUGACACUUUAGUUUCUGAGGCUGAAGAGAAUCAAAAACAAAAAAAAUCAGAACCCAAAAUUGAUUCAUCUCCUAGAAGAAAACAUUCUUCUUCAUCCAGCUCUCCAGGCAGCAUCCACAAGGGUAAGGAAGAUGUAGCAGUUCGUUCAUCUCAGGGGAUACAUUCUUCAUCUGAUGAAAGUAACAAAACUAUACCUUCUUCAGGUCCAGUUGAAAGCAAGUUCUUGGAAAAAGCAGGAGAUGCCUCUGCCCCGAGAUUCAACACUGAGCAGAUCCAGUACCGAGAUUCGAAGGAGAUUAAAGCAAUUGUUGUUCCUGAAAGAAAACCAGCUUCUUCUCCAAGACCAAAGCCCAAUGAUGAGCUUAUAAGAACUCAUUCAAUUGACCGGCGUGUUUACAGUCGUUUUGAGCCAUUUUGUAGUAUUGAAAGCUCUAUUCAGCCAACAAGCAACAUGCCAAAUACCAGUACACACGACCCAGAAAUGAAAUCCUCAACUAUGGGCAAUAGUUAUGGCAGGUCCAGCCCAAUGCUUAAUUACAACACUGGUGUUUACCACUCAUAUCAGCCAAAUGAAAACAAGUUUCGAGGACUUAUACAGAAGUUUGGAAACUUCAUAAACAAAAAUAAAUGAAAUACUGUAACUACAAAUAGACUUUAAAAUACAAAAUAAAUAUGGCUAUAAAUAUUUGUCCAAAGAACAUUGUAGAUUUUUUUUUGUAAUAUCCUAAUAGAUUUCUAUGGGGGUGGAAUUUUGGGUGUGAAGUAUAUGUUUACCAACUUACUAAUGUAUAGUAAAGUUAUUGUUCUGUGUGAUAAAUUUAGUUGUGCUUAAUUACACUAUAGAUGGAAUGUCCAUAAAUACAUGAUUUUUAAAUGGUAAUAGUAAGACAAAUGUAAUGAAAUUGUUUUCUUCAGACUGAAGAUCUUCUUAAGUCUUAAAUGGAAACUUUGGUGGAGAGAUGGUAUAUGGAUUUUAACCAUUCAUUGCAAAUGCUUUCCUUAUUAAAAUGGAUCAUGGAUCAUAACGCUGUCAAUGGUCCUUUAUAGUACAUCUUUGUGGGGUUUUCAUAACUUCAAAUUAUGAGAAAAUAGGACAAAGCCUUUGUGGUUUUUAAUUACCUUUAAAUUCUAUGAGAUAACUUGUAUUUUAUUAAUGUUUUAUUAACUUUUCUGUGGAACUGGUUGGGCAACAACAGUACAAUUUAAACCAUAUAGCACAGCACAUUUUUUAUUUUAUCUGAGGUGUUUGCAAAGUAUCAACCUCAGGUAGUUCAAGUACACCAUAGAAAUUUAUUUUCAGGAUGUGCUUAUUUCCACUCUGGACAAAGGGAGCCUGUACUGCACUCCACCCAUCAGCUGCUGAACUUUUAUUGUCAUUCUUUCCUUCAAACUUAUAGCAAGCCAACAGGAAUUUGGAAAACCUGAAUUAUUCCUCUCUUUUUUCUAAUACAAAGAAGGUUUUAGAAAUGUAAACUUCUACAUAAAUUUUUAUCUUGGAUUAGUACGACAGUGCUUAGGUGUUUUGCUUGCAAAAGUCUUUGUUCUUUUCUAUACUGUGCCAAAUACACUCUGACUGCAUAGUAUUUUCUUGAGAGAACCCUGAUGAAAAUGAGGAGAAGUGCUAUCUGGCUUGUUUCUUCCAUGACCUUGGGGCCUCAUUGAAAGUUUUAAAUCUUUCUAUAUCUUAAUUUGAUGAUGAUAUGCAGUUCAUAAGAUACACUUUGCCUUUCUUAGAGUAAUGAAAUAAAAGCUCUAUAUCCAUUACAGAGACUUUAACUUGGCUUUAUUUCAUCCACAAAGAACAGAAUUCAAGAAACAAUGCAUCAUUUGAGAAGUGGAAAGUGUUUCUAUGAAACUUUUUUUUUUUCGUUGCCCGACCCGGGAUUGAGCCCAUGCCCCCUGCAGCGGAGUCUUAACCACUGGACCACCAAGGAAAUCCCCUAUGACACUUUAAAUAUAUGGUUUAACACCUUCUAAGUUGCUAUAUGAGGCAGCAUGUUGUUUUCAAAAUUCAAGAUUCAGUCAAAUAUUAAUAUCUACGUCAAUACUAAGUAAUUAAAAUAACGAUAUUGAAAUAUCUAUGUCAUUAAAAAAAAUUUCCACAGUAUUUUAAAACCAUGAUAAGAAACAUGUCAGGAAAAUACAUGACAGCAGCAGAAGAAAACCUAACAUUCAUAGACCAGGUCCUCAGCUAGAAUCUAAAGUCCCCGCGGCACUAUUUUGCAGCUACCAUUGUCCUCAUUAUUUACAGGUGAUAAUUGCGACACUGAGACUCAGAGAAGUAAUGCCCCAAACCACAUCACCAGUGAGUCAUGGUACUAAAGUGUCUAUAACAUUAUCACAUCCUAUUACCUCCCCAAUGUGUUCAACACCUGCCUCACCCAAACUGUUGAGAAUUAAAUGAGAGAACGUUUAUAUUUCCUGACUCAACAACGAUCAGCUAGCAAAGGUUUCGUUGUCUUUCUCUUUUGCUCUCUUUAAGAGUUGCAGAAAUAUAUAUCUAACUGUACAACAAUAGCAUUUUAUAUACACAAAUCCAGAAUAUGGUACUCAAUGUCACAUCAUUCAUAAAAGUAGAUUUUAAAACUCCUGCUAUAACAUAGGGAAUUUCCAAGUACUACGAUGUGGGAGUUGCUUGUUUUGGAAAGCUGAGUGUAAAAGAUUGGAAAAUUUGCACACUUCCUAAUAAUUUAACAGCAUAAAUGUAAACAUUAAGAGUGAACAGUCAUUUUUCACAGGAAAAGUAGCCAAGUAUAUUUACAAAAAAAAAAUGUAUUUUUUAAGAAAAUGGCCUUUGGAAUGUGUAGUUCCUUAUAAUCAAAUAAGGAAUUCAGUCACAAUAAGAAAAGUGUUUCUAACUGUUAGCGUUUUAAAUUUUAGAGUCAUCUGGCAAUUGUAUGAUCUUCACAGAUUAGUAUCAGAUUAUUAAAAAGCAUUAGAAUUGAGGUUUAAUGUGUGACAGAGGUUUUUCAUUUUGCUCUUAGAAAAAUUCACUUCUGUGAUUCUGGACCAUAGUCAUUUACUGAUUUAUCAAAGGAGAAUCUGGAGUUAACCAAACCAGAUUGAUUUUAAUAUUACCCAUUCUUUGUUAUAGUGAGAUAGGGCAUCUUUCAGAGUGAAGGGGCUAAUGGGCUGUCGUUAGGCAGCUCUGAAAUUGGAAGUCCUGAAAUUUACAGCAAUGCAACUGAAACUGCACAAAGCUGAAAUUACAUAAAGACUAUAGAGUUUUAAUCAGUUUAAUUAUAUGCAAAAGCCUGUUGCCUUUUUGUACAGCAGCUGCCAUCAUUUCUGGAAACACAGAGAGCUUUUAAGUAGUUCCUAAGUUCCUCCUCUCCCUGGUAGGGUUGGAAGCCCAGGGUUUCAUUCCAUCCACCUGUGACGGGUAGCUUGGGCUUUUUCAUGGCAGAUAUAUUCCCCUCUGCCUCUUUUCUUAUUAUCAUUCUAUUUUUUUCCUCCAGAAAUAUCUAUAUGUCAGCAUCUAUACACAGUAACUUUCCAAAGUUUCUGAGGCUGAGAAGCUCCACAGGGUUAAGACUGAGCAAGCAUACAAUGCUUCAGAUAAUUUACUCAGGGUUUUGAAUUUUCAACAGACACACCCAAGCUUCAUGGAGGUAAUCAUUUCAAGCAAUAUAUUUUCUUUUUCUCCCCAUAUUAAUUUUGGUGGAAAGAUAAUGUCACUUAGAUGCAAUUUUAUAUUAAAGUUUGGUGAGGCAAUUUUUACUCUCUACAUAGGACAUUAGUUUGUAAGCAGAAACUCAGAAAAUUAGGUACGAUUUCAAAGUAGCUAUUGACAGUUUCAGAAUAGUUUAAGUGCCUGUAUCCUGAACACACUGCUAU